AUUUCAUUGUUUUGCCACCCCACCCCCAUUACUCCCAUUGCGCUACUCCUGUAGGCUGUAGUCUUGCUUCGCAAGCAUUGUCGCGGACCCGCUUUGUCUAAACGCAAGAGGAGAAUCCACAGCUUUCCCAAACCCAGAGACCUCCCCUAACGGUCGACUUUUGAGCUUUAUCUUCCUCUACGAGCCCAUGACUUUCACACGCAUUUUGUCCAAUUACAGGGCCUAAAAAGCUUUAAUGAAUCAAGUUCCUCAUUGGCUUUCACCAAGAAGCUGCGCAGAGAAAUGAUCCUGCCAGCCGUAAAGUUGGGAACCCUUGCUCUCAAAACCCUCUGUAAACCCAUUGCCAAUCGACUUAAGAAGGAGGCCAGCUUGCACCCCAAGUUCAGGCAGUUCAUUAUUAACAUUGCCCAGGCAAAUCAUCGAUUUACAACAAAAACACAAAGACGUAUUUAUGGUCACACAAUUGAUGCUGAAAUACGCCCACUUAAUGAGGAGAAAGCUGUUAAAGCUGCUGCAGAUCUUCUCGGGGAGCUCUUUGUCUUCACGGUUGCUGGUGCUGCUGUUAUUUUUGAGGUGCAAAGAAGUUCUAGAUCUGAGGCAAGAAAGGAGGAAUUGCGCAGGCAGGAAUUGCAGGCAAUGAAGCAAAGAGAUGAAGAUUUGGCUAAAGAGGUUGAACUUCUUAGACACAAGAUUGAAGAACUAGAACAACUUGCCAAAGGACGAGGACUUACCGGUAUUUUUCACUUCAGGCACUCUCACACCAAUGAAGAUGGAAAGACAAAAAACACAUGAACGCUGUAAAAUUCAAGAGGGGGUACAGGGUUUACUAGAAUAGCAAUUGAGAUGAAGUGGAGUUAGAGAUUCGAAUAGAGUCUGAGGUUGGGAGUUCGAGAAGGAGGAAGGCAUUCAAGGCUUUGGGUUAUACGGGGUCGUUUACAAACAGGGAAGAAGAGUCCAAAACGUACAGCAGCAAGGAGGGAAAACACACCGUUUAAGGCUUUAGGAACGCACCGUUUCAUUAUCUAAUUUUACUUUCUGUUAUUUUACUUCUGUCAUUUGCUUUCUGUUUUGUAAUGGCUACGGGAAAUGUCAGAGUUUGUUAGUAGUGGGCUGAGGGAAUAUAAGCAGUGGGGCAGCAGAGUUCUCGAUUUAUCAAUUACCUUGUAUUGUCUGAAUCAGAACAUUGGAGACUAGGGUUCCUCGAAAACUCAACUAUCUUACUUUUCAUCAGUAUUAUUCAGGGAAGUUUUUCCCAAAAUUCCAUUA